AUGAUCUUGUCAAAGGUUGCUACACUUUCUGCCUUCCUGGCCUCUGCCUCCGUCGUCGGAGGCCACGGCUUUGUUUCCAGCAUCCUUGCCGAUGGCCAAAACUAUACCGGCUAUCUCGUUAACUCCUACCCCUAUAUGAGCGACCCUCCCGAUAGCGUUGGCUGGGCCACAACCGCCACCGACCUGGGCUUCGAGGAUGGCACUGAAUAUCAGGACCCGAACAUCAUCUGCCACCGCAACGGCACCAAUGCCGCAAUCUCGGCCACUGUCACAGCAGGCUCUGAGGUCGAGAUCCAGUGGACAACAUGGCCAGACUCACACCACGGCCCGGUCAUCACUUACCUGGCUUCUUGCAACGGCGACUGCAGCACAGUCGACAAAACCACACUCGAGUUCUUCAAGAUCGAUGCGACCGGUCUGGUCGAUGAUACCAAUGUUCCCGGUACCUGGGCCACUGAUCAGCUCAUUGUGGCUGGCAACCGCUGGACGGUGACCAUCCCGAGCAGCAUAGCGUCGGGCAACUAUGUGAUGCGGCACGAGAUUAUUGCUCUGCACUCGGCUGGUCAACAGGACGGUGCACAGAACUAUCCUCAGUGUCUGAACUUGCAGGUCACUGGUGGCGGCAGUGCUGAGCCUGAGGGCACUCUUGGUGAGGAGCUGUACACUGAGACUGAUCCGGGUAUUCUCAUCAACAUCUACACCACUCUCAGCAGCUAUACCAUCCCUGGACCGGCACUCUACAGCUCUUAA